UUGCUUCUUCGUUGACUUUUGGUCUCGCACUCGCGUUCACACUCCGCAGCAUUCGCAUCGAUCUUCCUGCUUCAAUAACAGUCACACGAGAUGGCGAGUGAGGGCUGGAGCGAUGUCGAUCUCGAGCUGACGAGCUCGGACAGUGCGACGUUGAAUUUUUCGCUGCCUGCGACGCCAGAACAGCUCCGCUCCACAUCGCUGCUGCUGCUGCACUCUGUGCACAAUCCUCAUCACAGCAGUAAUCAGCAGUUUGAACUCUUCCCAUCGACGCCCGCACGCAACAACGACGACGAGGCCGCUGAUCCGGUCAGUCACCAACAACAACGGCCAGACACACUGACCACGUCGCACUCAACCAUCAUGCUGAGCGCGGUCGAGGCUGGCUUUGGGAACAGCGCCAACUUGUGGCCGCUGGAAGAGUCUGCCGACGCCCCUCUGCGCGAGGACGACGAUCUCGAACGCGGCGACCAAGAGGACGAGGAAGAGGAAGAAGACGAGAAUCUCAAUCGAUCCAGCUGGAGCGUCUCAAGCCAUCGCACAACGACGAGUGCUACGACUGCUGCAGCCGACGAUGCUGAUGGCGCUGAUGAUGAUGGCAAUGUAACGAUGCACAAGGAUACGAGCGAGACGGACCUCCUGCUCCAGGACGCCGAGCUCGGAGGACAGCCGAUGACGUCUGCCGCCACUGCAGCUGCUGUCGGCGCAGACCAAGACGAGGUUGUUGAUGAUCACGGUCAUGAUGACGAUGAUGAUGAUCAGAACUGGGGCCUGAAGCAGCAAAGUGGCACCGCUCGACAUCCUAUCAUUGCCCGAUCCUUGCUCGACCAAAGCAUCACCGAACCCGGCGAAGCCGUCGAGUGGGACGAGGAGCGCGCCACGCGUCGCAACUCGCGUUUGAUUCUCGCAAGUCCAAACGCUCAUCGGACGGAUGCCAGGUCGCUGGACGAUUCGACGGCAAGCGUCGAGCUCGCAGAAAGCGUCCUCCCGAGCCCAUCCGUCGACGAUGUCUUCCACCAGCUGCUCGCCCAGCACCGAGAAAUGCAUCCGACGGAUCGUCUUCAGUCUGUGCCGACGGCAAUGAUCAUUCAUGAAUUUACAUCGACCGCCAAGCUUCCGUCCGAAGCCGUCAGUUCUCUGAUUUCUUGCCUCGACCCAACACACACUGGACGCGUCUCGGAGCAUUCCUUCCUGACGGGCGUCAACGAGUUUAUGGAGCUUUUGACGCGUGAAGACCAGAAGGAAGCCGAAGAUCUGCAUCUGUACGAUCAAGAAAAUAUGGCAGCGGUCUCGUCGCCCCUGUACGAACCGCUGCAUGAUGAUGAUCAUCACGACGACACCACCAACCCGGAUGCGGCGAUUGAAGCGGCGGCGCUUCCACCACCCGCCACCCCAGCCACGGGCCGCACCCAACUCAUCCAGAUGACUCCCGCGAGCUCACGCGUUCACGCAACCCCGCAAGGAGCAGCACAAGGCGCGCAUGGAGGGGUCUCGAACAACAACACUCCUCACGCCCAUCCAUGGGGCAGCAGCAGCGCAAUGGCAACCCCUGCUCGCGUCAACCUGCUGGCACGCGCGGACGAGCCCACGCACUACCUGUCGCCCACCGUUAUGGCCAAUCCCAUGUCGCCAACACGGGAGGCACUUUCGCAGCACUGGCAGCCAAACGUCAGCCACAGCCAGCUCCGGAAGCAACAGCUUGAGGAGCAAGAAAACGACCGGCGCGAUGCGCACGUCGAUCAGCUGCAGGCGGACAAGCAAAAGCUCACCCAGGAAGUGGAAAAGCUCGGCAAGGAACUGGUCGCAGCACGCAACGUCAUUGAGGAGUGCUUGAAAGUGAAGCAAGAGUUCCACACGGCCGAGCACGAACGGGUGCAGCUUUUGCAGCGGAACAGUGCCUUGAAGGACUCUGAAAAGCAGCUUCGGCACACGCUGGAUCAGGAGCGAACUGCGGCCAUGAAACACCAGAACAAGGUGAACGACUUGAGCGAAGAGGUGCAAGUCUUGAAAGACCAGCUCGCGCAGGCUCAUGAAGCGGUCGAAAAGUCGCAGACUGCGCACGCCUCGGACUUGCAGGAGCGCGAGCGCCUUUUGCAGGCGCAUGCGCGGGAAGUGAAGGACCUGCAAGCGAAGACGGCUGAGCUCCAGGACUCGCUCAGCCAGGCCAAGACUGAUCUCGACGAAUACGCGGCGAGUUUCCGAAAGCUGGAGCAGGAAAAGGACGACCUGCUGCAGCAACUUCGCGAAAUGGCACCCCCUCCGUCGCUCGAUCAGGAAGUGUCGCAAAGUGGACUGCCCUCCAUCGAGACGGAGCAGCGCAUCCUCGCCCUCGAGCAGCAGCUGCGCUCGGCUCAAGACGGCAUCCGCGAGCACGAGGCAAAGCAACUGGACGAGCGCACUCAGCACGCUGCCUUGGUCCGCCGCAUUGAAGGGCAGCUCGCGACUGCCCAGGCCGAAACGGUCGAUCUGGACCAAGACCUCCAGGCCGCCCGAGCAACCAUUCGCGAGCUCGAAUCGGCCAAGCUCCUGUCGGACCAACGCCAAAGUGAGCUGCAUCGCCUCACUGCCGAGCUGCAAGCGCGCGAUGCCCUCGUCCAGCAGCACCAAUCACGCGCAGAGGAUCAAACUGGCCUUGUUGAGCGCCUGCAUCGCGCGCAGACGACCAUCGACGAACUUCAGGCGGGCAAAUCGGCGGCGGACGCGCGCGAAGUCGAGCUGCAACGCGUGUCGACCGAGCUGCACCGCUUGGAAUCUGAGGCACUGCAGCAUCAGCAGCAGUCCAAUCAGUGGACGGCCGAGAUUGCGCAGCUUCAAACCCAACUGGGUCAGACCCAACAUCAGCGGGACGAGCUGCAGAUCGAACGCGACAGCUUACAGGCACGUGCCGCCGCCGCCGCCGCCGCCGCCGCCGCCAUCCCUUCCAGCAACCCCCUUCCAUCCGGUGCUCAUCACCAGCAUGAAGCCGAGACGCAUCAGUUGCGUGCCGAGCUCAACGCCGCGCUUGCUCUUGCCGAACAACGAGCAGGCGAACUGGUCCUGGUCAAGCUUCAAGCGGAAGACGCCAGCCAAAAAGCAGAGGGUCUGGCCCAAGACUUGCUUUUUGCGCGAGACAACAACCGUCAGCUGAAGCUCACCUUGGAAGAGGAGCAGCGAGGCCAGCACCAGCAGAUGGACGACAAUUUGCAACGCGUGGCGCACUUGAAGGCCGAUGUGGAGAUGUUGCUGCAGUCGCAUGAGCAUACCACCAAAUCCCUCACACAAGCGGCCCUUUCCCUGCAUGCCAAGCAACAGGAGCUUCGCGAUGCCGUUCAAGCGCAGCCACACCCAGCGCAUGCCUCGCCGUCCGCGCCUGCCUCUGCUUGUUCGCGCUUCAUCGGGCUGUUGGGCUCGGUGCUGCGCCUGGGCUUGCUUCUUGCGUUCCUGGUGGUGAUUUUGCUUGUGGUUGCGGAUGGAGCGCAGCGUCGUUGCGACUUGCAUUCGUGGGCCGAGAGAUUGACCAAUCCGGCGAUUGCCGAUUGGCUCGAUCAAGCGCUGCCCCGCCUCGUCCGUCAAGUGUACCACUCCCGUCCGUCUUGAAGAAAAGGAAGCGAAUCAAUUUGAUCAUAAUUUUGUUGUCGAUGUUUGUACAUGUAGUGUUUCGUUCAAUUCACAAUGUAUCAUUACAAUUCAC